UCUCCUCAUUUUAUUCAAGCAUUGAAAACCAUGGCUGAACACCCUUCUUUUACUCUGGCUUGCCUGCUGCCGGUGGGUGGCAUCGCCGGCUACAUGCGGACGCGUUCCGCCCCGUCCCUGAUCGCAGGUGUCGGCCUGGGUCUUUCCUACGCCUACGCAGGCUAUUUGAUCAAGGAGAACAAGGACUACGGCACGGAAUUGGCCCUGGGAAACAGUGUGGUCCUCCUCGUCUCCGGUGUCAUGCGCUCUAUCAAAACCCGUGCUAGAGCCCCAAUCCCUCUGGCCCUGGGUGCUACCGGUCUGUUGGCAUCUUUCUACUAUCAGAAGAAGGUGCGCGAGUUCAGGUUUGGGGUGUAAAAAUGAUUGGCUUUGGCCAACAUCUUGAAUGGGUGCUAGCCAUAGCUUUAAAUUGUACUAUAUUAUGUAUCCUAAAUGCAUUG